AUGAGAAAGAGGGUACGUAACAGAAAGUUAGCAUAUUUUCAUAUGCUUACGCAUGCUUUAUUUAAGGCUCUUCGUUUUCUUUGUGCUGAAUCUGUGAUUCACAGAAGAGGUGGGGCUCAAGAUUUACGGUAUAUAGGAGGUAUGAUUGAGUUUAGACCUGUAGUAGGGUCUUGUUUUAAUGUUGCUAAUUUAUCUUUGUGUGGAAUUCCUUUUUUGGCUGGUUUUUAUUCUAAGGAUUUUAUUUUGGAAAGUAUGUCUUUUUAUAAAUUUCUUAUUUUUAUUUUCUUUGGGAUUUCGGUAGAAUUAACCGCUUGUUAUUCUUUUCGAUUGUUUUUCUAUGUUAUGGGACGAAAUUUCUUAAUGUUUUUUAGAAAUUUUGGGGAAGGGAAGGUUAUAAGAGUUUCUAUUACUUUUUUGUCUUUUUAGGCAGUUAUUAUAGGAUCUACUUUAAUGUGAAUUUUGUUUCCUGUGCCUUGUUUUGUAUUUGUACCUUUUUAUUAUAGGGUUAUAAGGGUUUUAUGUGUGAUGAUUAGGUUUGAUUGUGUGAGGGCUUAUGAUGCUAGGGAAGUUAGUUAA